GUGCGCACAGUUGCGCCAUCUACAACUCAUAUACAUCAGACAUGAGAUGGUAGCAAAGUUUUGUUCGUUUCGUGUGUAUCGAUUUUUUGAGUGAAGUGAACGUAGUGUUCGUGUCCUUUAGUUUAGUGACGUUUGUUAGGAAAAUAUCUGUGAAUGGGAUUGUGUAACAAGAUAAAACAUUUAUUUGGUGUGUGAUUCUCUGUAAAGGAUGACGAAGGACAGGUUAGCGGCGCUUCAAGCGGCGCAAAGCGACGACGACGAUGUCGGCCCGGACGACGUCAACGUCGCCGUCGAAGGCGGCUUCAUGGAUGAGUUCUUCAGUGAGGUGGAAGAGAUACGAGAGAUGAUAGACAAGAUUCAAGCCAAUGUGGAAGAAGUGAAGAAGAAGCAUAGUGCCAUCCUAUCAGCGCCGCAAUCAGAUGAGAAAACAAAGCAUGAACUAGAAGAUCUCAUGGCUGAUGUCAAGAAAACUGCCAACAAAGUUAGAGGAAAAUUAAAACACAUAGAGCAGAACAUCGAACAAGAGGAGCAUUCUAACAAAUCGUCAGCCGAUUUGAGGAUAAGAAAGACACAGCACUCGACGCUGUCGCGCAAGUUCGUCGAGGUGAUGACAGAGUACAACCGCACGCAGACCGACUACAGGGACCGGUGCAAAAGCAGGAUACAGCGGCAGCUCGAGAUCACGGGCCGCGCCACCACCGACGACGAGCUCGAGGAGAUGCUCGAACAGGGCAACUCCGCUGUAUUCACUCAAGGGAUAAUAAUGGAGACGCAGCAAGCGAAGCAGACGCUAGCCGACAUCGAGGCGCGACACGCCGACAUCAUCAAACUGGAGACAUCCAUCCGCGAGCUGCACGACAUGUUCAUGGACAUGGCGAUGCUCGUCGAGAGCCAGGGUGAAAUGAUCGACCGCAUUGAAUAUCAUGUAGAACACGCUGUGGACUAUGUCCAAACCGCCACACAAGACACGAAGAAGGCCCUAAAAUAUCAGAGCAAAGCUCGACGGAAGAAGAUCAUGAUCCUAGUGUGUCUGCUCAUACUGGGCCUGGUCGUCGUGGGCUACGUGUCCAGCUACUUUACUAAUGUGUGAGCGGACCGCGACCGCGCUGUCUGUUCGCCAAAUGCUCAAAGAACCGUCACGCAGAAACAAGUCGCGUAUAUUUUGGUGCCUGCAUUCCGCCUGGCGAUAACCGACAUGAAGCAAUGGAGCGAAUCAUCUAUCAAUACAUUAUACUCAUCUUUAGAACUUUGUCUCAAGCGUUCAAAUUGUACUCAAGUAUUCCUCAUACGAAAUCUAUACUCUCGGGCAAAUGUUAAAUAUUAAUAUUGUUAAUUAUAUCGUUAAUUUCAAUAUUAUCAAAGCAUUAGCUGAAAUGUAGUCUUAUUUACUUAGCAGUCAGCUACAUCGUAACUGAAUUAUAUGAAAUAUAUAAUAAACAGACGAACGGAAAUAGUGAGCAAUAAUCUAUAUACAUUAGUUAAAUCAUUUGUUAUAAAUAGUAUCUUCAUGCAUUUGCAACAUCUAUUUAAGCUGUGUAAUAAUAAAUAUUUCAUAACCACUGAAUCAUUCCUAACUUACAUGUGUAUGCAAUGCCUAAACACGAUCACCUGUCUCAUCUAACUAAGGAUCGUUGUUUAGCAUCAUGAUAUGGAAUCGAUGUGAUGCCAUAUCUGUGAUUAUAGCUAUAUUUAAUAUUAAGUGGGCUGAGGCUAGAAACUAAAAUCUCGGUGGCACAGAGAGAUUGCAAUUGUCGCAAGCAAUGCGCUUUAUUGUAUUCAGUUUUAGUUUCUAGUCUAUCUUAAUUUAAUAUACUUUGACGCAAUUCUCCCUUUCAUAUUAACGUUGUUUAAAUUGUAAUUAUUCCUCUAUAUAUUUAGCUUUAAACUUGUAAUUUUAAUUUUAUCAACCUACCUACACUUGUGUUAUUUCAUAUUUUAAAAACGUUAAUAAGUAAGAGGGAUUGGUUGUAUCUACCUUAUAGGCGACGUAGCAAUCAGUGAAGUGAAACUGUAUACAGUAUUUUGAAUUAUGGUGAAGGCAUUGGGUUCUACCUCACAAUUAGAUGGGUGACUGUACCGACUAUAAGCUGGUGUAUACCGGUUCGAGUCGUAUGCCGUGACCGGGGAGUACUCGGUGGAUGUAAUGAAGUGUAGAGAUGUGAGGUGGUGUGGGAGCGUUCCAAACACUAGGCCAUGUACGGUAUCAUACGUCAAAGGAAUUAUCCUUUAUUGGGCUUAGCAGCUACGUAAAGUCGUUAUAUACACAAAUUCAAGCAGUCUAAAUUCACGGGAUUCCUUGUUCAUUGAGUGUAGUCGACGUCAGUGGUGAGUAUUGACGGUGCUGGAUGUCCAGUUGCCUCGCCCCUGCAGCCUCGGUUCGGGCCGGGUUUGGUCGUGAGACGACGCCCCUUCCCCCUUCCCCCCGCCGCCCCGCACCGCCCCACACGAAGCAUAUCGUGCCGGCGUGUCGUCGCCGAAGCAAUAAUAAAGUUCGAUUUACAAUUGUAAAAUUGUGUUAAACUUUCGAAUGUGUGAUAGUAGAUGCAGUUGUUGUUUAGUUAACUUUAUAAUAAUAAUGAUAAAAUUGUUAUCGUGAGUGUAAUUUUUAAAUAGUAAGAGUACUUUUCAAUAUAAUAGUGUAAACGAGUCAUAACAACAAAAAUUUGGCGCUUUUUCGAUCAGAUUAAUAAUUGCGUGAAUGUUAAAAUUUUAAUUUGAUACCUUUUAAGAUGUUCUUCGUUGUACAGUAAUACUUAAUGUAGCCCUCUUAGCUAGGUUAACUUUUUUAAUAAAUUUGAAGUACAGAGUCUUCAGCAAUAUAAGAAUAGAACAGUAUUUUCAGUUUGUAAUUUUAAAUUGUAGAGAAAAAUCACGUGAAAAUUCGAGCACCAACAUAUAUUAGCAUUUUUCUUAUAAGAAAAUAACAUUAAAAUUAUUCUUAGAGAUUGUGUCGUCAACGAUAUAUUGUUGAGGAGUGGGUAUCGAGGACAGAGGCGCGAGUGGAUAACGGCACUAAAUCUCCAGUCCCUCGUGAGUCGUGGACCGCGGUGUGUGCCCCAGUCUCCUCGUGUAUGUGUUGUACUAACUACUCGUUCCCUCGGUGGCACUCGAGUAUGAAACAACAUGAAGCAAUGUUAAUUUUAAAAAUUUAUAGUAUAAUUAGAUUUUUAUCUCUAAGAGUAGGAGUUCAUCUAGUUGCCUUCGUAACAGUAGAGAAAUUAGGUGAUACCUUUUCUCGCGAUAGCUUCAUUAUGACCUUCCACAUCGUCAUGCAUGUUCACAAUCGCCAGCGGCCGUAUUUCGCUUGUGUUACGCGAGCGGGCGGCCUGCGUCCUCCCCGUGUGUCAUCCGCCUGCAACAGUCGCGCAUUCAUCGCGCAUACUCAUCGCGCUGACUAGCUAGAUGCAUCUUGGCUCAUGUUUAAUAUAAGUAUAAUAAUUGGUCUCUCGAGGCGAGGCCGCGUACCUGACACCAAUUUAUCGUUAAUAGUAGUGACCGGCAGUGGUGUGCUUACUGCGUCGUUCUGUGUUGUCACUCACCGGAAGCACCUUCGCACAAGAGAUGCGUAUGCGUGGAGCGCGAAUGUGCCACCGCUCGGCGACGCAGCGGACCGCACUCCGCAAGUAAAAUAAGUUGUUAGAGUAGGUGUAACCGAACUUCUAGUCAGCUUUUAAAGAUCUUUGUUGUUCAAAUAAUAUCAAUCUUGUAUCGCAAUCGUAUUUUACGUUUAUAGUGUACAUAUAAGUGAAGUUCACGUGUUCAAGCGGCGCUGACGGCCGCUGCGAGCUCGUCGGCGCGCUUUAGACGAGCGACGCGGCGCAAGCGCACGCGCGUCUGCAGAUCUCAAUAGUAUCGUAUUAUACAUAGAUAUUUUCAUAAUCAAUAGUAUGCAUAUUGUUGAUUGGAUUGCAAAUUUUGUAUAAGUACACAAUUAGUAUAGUUUAUAUACUUAUGUGUCAAUUCUUAUAGCGUUUUAUUACAUAAACAGACGAUAGCUAGUAAGUGUUAAAAAUAAUCCAAAACUAAUCGCAAUGCUGUUUCAUUAAGCUUAUUCGACUAUUUUUCAUUCAAUAUUGAAUGAAUGACGUUUUAUGAACUCUCCUAAUGUUCAAUUUAAAAAUCUCUGUAUAACCGUUGUUACAAGUAAGAAAAUAUAUAUUCAGCAAUUAAAGACAUCCAAGUUUGUAGUUCAGGCGUAGAGUAUCUAUAUUACCUAUUUAAUCUCCCCUCAGAUACGAUUGAAUUGAGUAUAGUCUCGGUGAAUUUAUGGAACAACGAACAAUCGAAAUGUAAUUAUAAGAAUCUCCAUGAUCUAAAGUUGAAACAAUAAUUUACACCAGUUUUACUGUUUUGACGAUUGAAUUCUAAAUCUUAGAUUCUUUAAAUAGAUUUCAUUAACAAAUGUGCUCUUUCAAAAAUGUCGCGUAGUGUAUACCGGCACGCUCUAUCUCGUUUAAUAAUAAUAAUAGCUAACGGAUAAUAAAAAUAAAAUUCUGGUUGCUCCUUUAGGAUUGACGCAAUUAUACUUAAAACAGUUUACAGUGUCACACAAUAGAGCCCCAAGCACUCCAGUUUGAUUGUAUUUCCAGUACGGUAAAGCACAGAAGUCGACGAAUGAUGCUAACAAGUGAAACCCCACUGAUACUCUAAUGUUCCACUAUAUUUACAUAUUGUUUACGAGUAGAGUCGCUAGACUUCGAUUUGUAGUUAAAUGUUCGUAAUUUAUCAAAUUUCCACAAUUUGUGCUUUGUUCUUUCGGAGUCUUUGAUGUUGCUUGACGUUGAAUGAUAUGGAAUAAACUUUAGAGUUUCUAACUUAUUUUAAAUCGUGUUAUUUUUUACUGUUUAGUUUAGAUGAAAAUGUUGAAAUACAUAGUUUAGUGCCGUUCUAAUAAAACGAUGUUGUACCCAUAAAUAUUUCAUAAUUUAUAUAAAAAUUGUAUUCCUUCUAUAAUAAAUUGUCUUGUAAUCUUCUUGUAAAGGAACACUGAUUACAUACAACCAUUGUUAUGCUAUUAUAUACUUAUAUUAUUGAUUACAGUGAGAUUCUGAACACAUUGUAAAAUUGAAGUUAGGUUGGUUUUAUAGUCAUAUUAUUCUAUACGUAGGUUAUCAAUCUGAAAUUCUCUCAUAAUUAUAAAAUAAACGGUGUUUUCUGCUGUAA